AUGAGCUCGUUCAGCUGCUUCAGAGCAUGCUGCGAAGUCGUAUCGCUUAAAGGUACUCCGUACUUCUACUCCUAUCUGCACCGGGUGAGCCACACUUGGACAGGUCCUGGUGGCGUCAUGGACACAUUCCUCCCUGCCCCUGGAAUGACCGAUCAGCCCGGGGAUGAAGGAGAUCGGUUCCAUACGGCAUCCAGAGCGAUCCGUGGAUCCACGGCCUUUAAACUCAAAUCAGAGGAAUGUGUCAAACGAUAUCAACAAUGUAAACUUAGAAUUCAUGUAGAUGUUAGAUUGUUGAGUGAAUUAGACCCUCGCAAUAUCCCUGGAUGUGAAGGUAUCACGGCACCGUUGCAUAGUGGGGCUUGGAACCAGGCGCCCCAGAUUAUUGGGAAUAGUGUGCUGCAAAAGAUACCCACAGGGAGAUGGGGACAAGUGGAUCCCAAGUUGCAGAGUGUGAGAUUUGAGGAUGAUGAAGAUGAAGAUCUGGAAGAGUACGGAGUAUAG